AUGGAUAAGGAUGGCGACUUUGUACGAUGCUUUCAAACCAUAAACAUUGCGGCCGGCGAAUUCCAUAACAUAGCUGUCCCGGGUAUAAGCGUUCUUGAGGAUUGCUCCGUUGAAAUAGCAGCCCUCAGCAAGUAUGGCUACAAGAACGAAGACUGGAUAGCUGUUCUGGUAACUGUAAGAGACUUCCCACGAACUGAUGUAUUAUUUGGCAACGGCGUCUACCAGACAGCUUUGUUUGCGUUUAGUGAAACGUCUUUGCAGUUCGCCGUAAACGUAAAGGACGUUUUAGAUGUUCCUGAGUUCAUUUAUCCAACUCCUCCAGCAAAACAAGAAUUUUAUCUUUACAUUGGAGUUUCCUGGAAAAUCACGGUGUUUGCAAAGACUUCCGAAAAUACAACAAUAGACUCGUUUGCGGUUAUGGGGAUCGACAAGGAGACGUAUGAAAUUUCGCCAGUUAAAAACGACCCCGAUGGCCGAGAAAACGUUAAAUUUGCUGAGUUAAAGUGGGCCCCAAGUGACUCUGAUAUUGGACCUCAUUUGGCGUGCAUCACAGCAACCGACCUUACCGGCAUUGUCAGUCAGAUACACGUUCGGGAUGCUUAUGUCCGUACGGCGAGCAUUGGAUUAGUGUCCAAAGUCACCGUUAACGGAGAAGUAUUUUAUAAAGCUGACCUGUCAUUCCAGCAUCCGAAAAACGACGAAGUUCAGAUCUGUUUACAGGCGGAAGACGUAAACAACCUUUUAAGUGACGAGUUGUGUUUUACUACCAAGAUUAUACCCCCAGGCAUUGAUAAUUGCCCAAUGGACAAACCGUGCAAUGACCAUGGUCUUUGCAUAGACGGGGUGCGAACAUACACCUGCAAGUGCUUUAGUCGAUAUUACGGAGACUUUUGCGAACAUGACAAUUGUCCAACCAACCCGCAAGGGGAUCGAGACUGCACAAACGCUGCACCCGCUUGUAGCCCAACUUGUGGUUCACAUGGAAUCUGCGUUAAUUCCCACUGUCAAUGCAGCCUAGGAUUUGCAGGACCAAAUUGUACCUCACGAUCUGGAGUGCUUUCCAAUGCUGCUAAUAUAAAGUUUAUUGACCCAACCCUUAAGAAUGGAGGUAAGCUCGUUUGCUAUUUGCAUAUGAAGGAAAUUCAAAAUUGCGAAUUACAGGUGUUCAUCCAAACAAAGACCGGACAACAACCAACGCUCACAGUAUCUAGUUCACCUGCACUGAGCAAUUCUACAUUUUCUCCAGUAAACACAACGUUGACAAUUGAAGGACUGGAUCAUGUGUUUGCAAGUUUAAUAUCGGUGAAAGGGACAUUGAAUAUGAAUGAAAGAUCUGAACAGUAUAUCUGCGUAGAUGCUAACAUCGGAAACGAUUCAGACAGUGUUUGCAUGGAGCUGGAUUUUUUAUCAGAACCUGGUACCUCAAAAGCAGCUGUUGUACGAUUUAUCAACCCCACACCACAAGCCCACAGUGUGUUUCGCUGUAUGCCAAAUACGAUGUGCAACUUUCUUCUGUACACAACGUUUGACAUUCCAUGCAACCAAGUGAGCUCUGUUAUGUCCGAGGUGACAGUACAAAGUCCUCAGCCAUACGGACAAAGUGCUUGUGUUAGUGAGGUUGGAUUUGAGUUUGCAACAGAGGGGCAACACGACAUUUGCUUCAUGUCAGCUAAUUCCGACUAUCAAGAAAUAUGUUUCACCGUCGAUGUGUAUAGAGAUGCCGCAGAUCCUUGCAAAAGUACACCGUGUAAGAACAACGGACAUUGUUUUCGCAAUACGUCCGAUACGUUUGUGUGCCGGUGCAUGGAUGGAUAUACGGGACACCAGUGUGAGAAAGGGCCCUGUAGGACCAGUGACAACCAUUGCCAAAAUGAUGGCGCUUGUUUUAUUGACGCAAACACAGCUACAUGUGUUUGCAAGGCAGGGUUUUCAGGACUUGACUGCAGAACAAACGACAUUCAAAGCAACCCUAUGGCGUUUAUAACAGGGGCAAAUUUUAUACCUUCCACAAUGCCUACCGAUGUGAACUGUAACAGGAAUAGGAAGUGUGGAUUUUCGGUCAACUUUGCCGGUAUUUUCCAAAAAAAUGAAAGACCUUUAGUUGUACAAGGCUACGUAAGCGCUCCUUUAGAAGAUACAGAAAUUAAGAUUACGCAGUUACCCGCCUCUGGCAGCUUUUUGUCCUCCGUCUCUUUUCUUCCCGUUGAGAUUGGAAAUUUUGUUAUGUGUCUCCAAACGCUCAAUAAACAAAGAAUAAACAAGGACGAGGUAUGCAUCAAGAUCCACGUCAUCGAUGGUGUAUCGUACGUUUACGGCGACUCGACUAAGCCACACUUCAUCUUUCCGAGCCUUCAACCGGACUCCAAGAUGGAGUGCAAGGAAGGAACCUCCUGUCAUGUCAUUUAUACUGUAACGCCUGGAGUCGGACACGAGCUUUCAUGUGUCGACGUCAAGGUUGAGAAAACAGAUAUUGAACAUAUCCAUGUAUUCUCUGACUGCGACCCGUGCACAGAAGGGUCGUCCACCAACGGAAACUGUACGGUUGAUCUGGCGUUCAGACCAGACUCAGGGGACACAGGGAAUAAGCUGAUUUGUCUGGCAACUGCCAGGACCGUGUUCCAACAACUGGCGGUUGCAAUGCGUUUCCUUGUCAACAUGGAGCAUUUUGUGACGGUCAUGAUCCAAAUGAUCCCGUCGACUGUUGAGGUUGAUGUUGGCUUCGUGACUCCGAAUCUGAUUGUUGGAGAUAUACAGAUGAGUGGCACCUCUGACUGUAAGACUGGUACCGCGAAACUAAUUGCAACAGAAACUGGUGAACAUAGAUUUUGCAUUCAAUCCAGCAAACAAGGCCCGAGCAUCAUAGACAGCAGCCCUGAGCUGGUGGAAGGGGUUCACGUGUUUGAGCCAGAACAGGUCACUGGAGAAUGUACCAGCGAUAUAACUUACAUUGCACCAUCCAGUAUGUCGACUGGAGACUCUUUUAAACUGUGUCUCACGGUGGCCAUCCCAGGCGACCAGGUGCGACAGUGUGGCAAUGGAUUGCCUGGCUCACAUGUGUUCACAACAAACUUAGUGGACAACGCAUGUGUAACGGACAUCAGCUACCAUACGUCUACCUCAACCGUCAUGCCGCUGUGUGUUACAGCCGGGGCAAAGGGAGAACAAAGAACAUUUCUGAUAGAAACAAAGAUAACUAACGAGGUUAAUGAGUGUGAGAGCAACCCUUGCAAAAACGGGGGCUCGUGCACGGACCUGGAAUCCUCCUUCGCUUAUGUGGACGAGUGUUUCCAGGUGGGUGGCGGAAGUCCUUGUCAGCACGGGGGCCAGUGUGUUAAUGACAACAGCAUGUACAUAUGUAACUGUUCGAACACCGGGUACACGGGCAAAAACUGUCAAAAUGGUAAGGUGCAACAGUAA